AUGGAAAACAUACAGGAAAUAUGUCUGCUUAUCCAGAACCAAACGGAUCUCUAUCUAUCUAUCUAUCUAUCUAUCUAUCUAUCUAUCUAUCUAUCUAUCUAUCUAUCUAUGUCAACCUGUUCAUAUCUAUCUAUCUAUCUAUCUAUCUAUCUAUCUAUCUAUCUAUCUAUCUAUGUGAACCUGUUCAUAUCUAUCUCUCUCUAUCUAUCUAUCUAUGUCAACCUGUCCAUAUCUAUCUAUCUCUCUCUCUCUCUCUCUCUCUAUCUAUCUAACUAUCUAACUAUCUAUCUAUCUAUGUCAACCUGUCCAUAUCUAUCUAUCUAUCUAUCUAUCUAUCUAUCUAUCUAUCUAUCUAUCUAUGUCAGUCUGUUCAUAUCUAUCUAUAUAUCUAUCUCUGUCGACCUGUUCAUAUCUAUCUAUCUAUCUAUCUAUCUAUCUAUCUAUCUAUCUAUCUAUCUAUCUAUUGCAGAGACCAUCUAUCUAUCUAUCUAUCUAUCUAUCUAUCUAUCUAUCUAUCUAUCUAUCUAUCUAUCUAUCUAUCUAAGUCCUAACAUGAUCUAUCUAUCUAUCUAUCUAUCUAUCUAUCUAUCUAUCUAUCUAUCUAUCUAUCUGUUACCAAACGCCGUGCAUAUCUAUCUAUCUAUGUUCACAUCAAUCAAUUCUAAUGUCAUACUUAUUUUCGUCAGUUUUUUUUUUCAGGUUGGUUUCUUGAAUUCCAGAUCUAUGGGUUAA